AUGUCGUCUACAGUCCUGCUCAGCGACCUUCCCUCCAACUGCGAGUCCUCCUACGUCUUCACCGAGCUACGUUUGCAAGACGACGAAAUCGACGAAGUGUACACACGAGCGGGAGGAGGCGAGUCCGCCUGGAUAAUUUUCAAGGCCCCCGACGUCGCCGCAACCUUUGAGAAGAACCACAAAGGCUACCACUUCGGGACAACCGGCAAGAAGAUGACGACCUCAUUCUGGAAUGAAGCCAUUCCCGAAUUCGCCACCAAUCGUUAUUCCGACUUCGUCCGCGCCCGGGAUCACCAAAUAGACUCGCGCACUGUUGAGAUUACCGGUCUUCCACAAAAGCACACUCUGAGUGACAUGAACAAGUUGCUAGAGUCAGUACGAGACCAGUACGUCGAAGUCACCAAGCAGAACCAGCGUCUAGACCCGACAGACUACGGCUACUACGAGCCCAUCAAUAUCCUCCAAGUCAAAACACCCGACCCAGGAGUCGGUCUUUUGCAGCUCGCGCAGCCGUGGAUGGCGGUCGAAAUAGUACGCCAGUACGCGGGUACCUACUGGAAGAACGCGACUCUCAAUGCUCGAUGCGUUCCCGAUAAAGAAAUGGAUAAACUGCUUGUCAAGGAGCCCAGCGCUACGGACGUAUCGCUCUUCGUCCGUGGCGUGAAGGUCGGUAUUUCGUCGACAGAGGUGCGAGAGAUUUUCAAGGACUUCCCCAUCACCGACGUCAAUAUACUACCAGGCAAGACAUUUUGCUUCGUUGUCGUUCAGCAAGCGCAAGCAAACUCCAUACUCGCACAGUUCAAAGAUGGCGUCAAGUGGCAAGGUCGCACCAUCAAAGUGGACUUAUCGGAGAAGGAUAAGAGGAAGCAGAAGGCUGCGUUUGGUGGUUCUGCCAGCGCCACUCCUACUCCUGCACCUGCUGCUCUCCCGCCUACUGAUACCACGGACUUGAAACUGGAGAACCUCCCGUACGACGUCACAGACUACAAAAUCCGCACCAUAUUCGAGGGCUUCGCCGUCUACAAGGUCGUCAUCAAGCAGGGCUAUGCUUUUGUGGGUAUUCCGACAGGGGCAGUCGGCCGCGCACUCGACAUGCUGAACGACACGAUGAUUGGGGCUCAAUACAUCAAGGCCAAGGUUGCUGAUCCCCGGAAGAAGUAG